UCCCCAUAUUCGCGAGAGAAAAGGUUCACUUCUCCAGCUCAUCUAAAAACAUGGUCACCACCGAGUUGCUGGAGAUCGACAGCUGCCAGCUAAUGGAGUUGUUGGUGGAGACUCAGUUGUGUUCCCUGGUCCUGGACUGCCGUUCCUUUCUGAGUUUCAACGCCUCCCACAUUCGGGGCUCCCACAAUGUCUACUGCAACUCCAUCGUCAAGCGCCGCUCGAAGGCAUCCAUUGCUCUGGACUGCAUCCUGACCGACGAGAGCGUCCGCGCCGGCCUGAGCCGUGGACACUACACCACAGUCGUGGUGCUGGACGGCAACAGCUCGGAUUUGUCCUCCCUGGCGGGCAGCGACACGGCCAAGCUGGUCCUCGGCACCCUCUCAUCGCAUUUGGAUGCCAGCCGGGUCCAGACUUGCUUCCUGAAAGGAGGUUACGAAAACUUUCAGUCGCUGUUCCCUGGCAUGUGUAUGCAGAAUGCUGAGCCUUGCCCACAGGGCAACUCUGGAGAACCUCUAGUGUUGAGAACCACACCGCUAUAUGAUCAGGGCGGCCCAGUGGAGAUUCUGCCCUUCCUGUACCUGGGGAGUGCCUACCACUCCUCUCAGAAGGAGACCCUUCAGUCUCUCGGCAUCACGGCCCUCCUCAAUGUCUCGUCCACCUGCCCCAACUACUUUGAGGGCACCUUCCAGUACAAAUGCAUCCCAGUCGAAGAUACCCAUGUGGCUGACAUCAGCGCCUGGUUCCGGGAGGCCAUUGACUUUAUCGAUUCGGUCAAGAGCCGGGGUGGCCAGGUUUUGGUGCACUGCCAGGCGGGCAUCUCUCGGUCUGCCACCGUCUGCCUGGCGUACCUCAUCCGCACUCAGCGGCUCCCCCUGGAGGAGGCCUUCGACUUUGUCAAGCAGCGGCGCGGUGUCAUCUCGCCCAACUUCGGGUUCAUGGGCCAGCUGCUGCAGCUCGAAACCGAGGUGCUAUGUCGCUGAGAGCUCGCCAGGAGAGAGCCGGGGUCCCAUGUCGGGCUGCCGCUGGCCGCAAAUGCUCGGUAACGUGAUAUGCCGAAGUCUAGCCCUCGUCGCUGUUUGGCGUUGGCCCAGAGACCGUCAGUUACUCCUCCAGUGGGACCUGAGGCUGGGGAGAGUGGGGCUUUGUUUAAAAAUUAUUGUUGGAGAUCAAUCAGCCCAAAUGUUAGCCCUUCUGCACCCCCCCCCCACCCACACCAUUCCGGCAACAGUGCCAACGUUGCCUGCCCAGGGAUCUGAUGAUCUCUGAUGCAACGCUGCCACCAUGUCUCUGAGAAAGGAGCUGGGAGCAGAUCGAUAAUCCCCACAGACCCCUUUUUUCCAGGGCCCUCAGGGUGUGUGUUGGGGGCCAGAGGUGCAGGGUCUGUGGGCUGUAGCCGAUGUGCACCCCAGCCCUGGCUUAACGGAAACUCUGAUUCACUUUGGACCCCGUCGCUAUGCACUCAGCAACAGAAAAUGUGACUUUACUCCCCGUUUUAAGGGGAAACUCCUACCUGCUAACUUCCUGACAAAGGAAAGUACUUUAUAGACAGAUGCAUUUUUGCUUUCUUUCCGGAUUCCUUGUUUUUUUUACACUUGUCAGAAGGUGCAAUAAAUACACAUGAUUGAGAUCGAUUAUU